UGCCCAAUGAAUUCACGCCCCGCGCACAGUCUCUCGCCGCAAGGGCGUUUCACUAGCACGUUUGGGCGCGUUGGGCGGUGUCCGGAUAUAAAAGACUCAGCCCGAGCGGGCAGCCGCCAUUCUGGGGUUCGUUUAGAGGUUUGAAUUUUCUCGGAGAAAGACGGGCCGGCCACGAGGAGAAAAGAAACAAGCCGCAGCAACAUCUAAGCCCUUGAAAGGAUCCUGAGAGAGGGGGGAAAGGGAAAACAGCAGCCACCAGCCCAACCACUUGUGUCUUCUGCCCCUUCCCACCUAUCUUGCCCACCCCACCAGCCCACGCUGCCUGGGACUUGAAAUCUGUGGCCGAAGGACCGUCACCACAUAACUUCAAAAAUAAUCAACCACCCUCCCUUCCCAAACCCACCCAAAUUCACUCAUCCAGCGUUUACUUUUUUUAAUCCACUCAGAACUUUUUUUCUACGACCCCCCCUCCCUGCAUGGAGUUGGGUGGGGGGAAAAUGAAUACUGAGUUGGCCUUUAUUUUUUUUAAGGAGACUUUUUGAUCCAAUGAGGCCCCCCAAAUAAUUGAGUUUUGGGUCCUGGUUGGUUGUUUUAUUUUUUUUCUCCAAAAUUUUAACCCCCUCCCCCCCUGAGCCCGAGGUGCUGACGUCGCAAAAAAAUUGGAUAAAAACCUCGAUCAUGGGUUCGGGUCCCAUAGAUCCCAAAGAGCUUCUCAAGGGCCUGGAUAGCUUCCUUAACCGAGACGGGGAAGUCAAGAGUGUGGAUGGGAUUUCGAAGAUCUUCAGUCUGAUGAAGGAAGCACGAAAGAUGGUGAGUCGAUGCACUUACUUGAACAUUCUCCUGCAGACCCGUUCACCAGAAAUAUUGGUCAAGUUUAUUGAUGUUGGUGGUUACAAGCUUCUUAACAAUUGGCUGACAUAUUCAAAGACAACCAACAACAUUCCCCUCUUGCAGCAAAUUCUACUGACCCUGCAGCACCUACCACUCACUGUUGACCAUCUCAAGCAGAACAACACAGCCAAACUGGUGAAGCAGCUGAGCAAGUCAAGUGAGGAUGAAGAGCUCCGGAAAUUGGCCUCAGUCCUUGUUAGCGACUGGAUGGCUGUGAUCCGCUCCCAGAGCAGUACCCAGCCUGCUGAGAAAGAUAAGAAGAAACGGAAAGAAGAGGGAAAGAGUCGAACCACCCCUCCUGAGCGACCGUUGACUGAGGUGAAGGCUGAGACUCGGGCUGAGGAGGCCCCGGAGAAGAAGAGGGAGAAGCCCAAGUCCCUCCGAACCACGGCGCCCAGUCACGCCAAGUUCCGCUCUACCGGACUAGAGCUGGAGACCCCGUCUUUGGUGCCUGUGAAGAAGAAUGCCAGUGCAGUGGUGGUUUCUGACAAGUACAACCUUAAACCCAUCCCCCUUAAGCGUCAGAGUUCCACAGCCGCCCCAGGAGAUGCUGCACCCCCUGCAGAGAAGAAAUACAAGCCACUCAACACAACACCCAAUGCCACCAAAGAGAUCAAAGUGAAGAUCAUCCCGCCACAGCCUAUGGAGGGCCUGGGCUUUCUGGAUGCGCUCAAUUCAGCCCCUGUUCCAGGCAUCAAAAUUAAGAAGAAGAAGAAGGUGCUGUCACCCACAGCUGCCAAGCCAAGCCCAUUUGAAGGGAAAACGAGCACAGAACCGAGCACAGCCAAACCUUCUUCCCCAGAGCCAGCACCUCCUUCUGAGGCUAUGGACACAGAACGUCCAGGGACCCCAGUUCCCCCUGUUGAAGUCCCAGAGCUCAUGGAUACUGCCUCUUUGGAGCCAGGAGCUCUGGAUGCAAAGCCAGUGGAGAGUCCCGGAGAUCCUAGCCAGCUGACCCGGAAAGGCAGGAAGAGGAAAACUGUGACCUGGCCUGAGGAGGGCAAGCUGAGAGAGUAUUUCUAUUUUGAACUGGAUGAAACUGAACGAGUGAAUGUGAAUAAGAUCAAGGACUUCGGAGAGGCAGCUAAGCGAGAGAUACUGUCAGACCGACACGCGUUUGAGACGGCCCGGCGUCUGAGCCAUGACAACAUGGAGGAGAAGGUGCCCUGGGUGUGUCCCCGGCCCCUGGUGCUGCCCUCGCCUCUUGUCACCCCUGGAAGCAACAGCCAGGAGCGGUACAUCCAGGCUGAGCGGGAGAAGGGGAUCCUUCAGGAGCUCUUCCUGAACAAGGAAAGUCCUCACGAGCCUGAUCCUGAGCCCUAUGAGCCUGUCCCCCCCAAACUCAUCCCCCUAGAUGAGGAAUGUUCCAUGGAUGAGACCCCAUAUGUUGAGACCCUGGAGCCGGGGGGGACCUGUGGCUCACCCGAUGGGGCAGGCGGUUCCAAGUUGCCUCCUGUUCUGGCCAAUCUUAUGGGAAGCAUGGGUGCCGGGAAGAGCCCCCAGGGUCCUGGAGGAGGAGGCAUCAAUGUGCAGGAGAUCCUCACCUCCAUCAUGGGUAGCCCUAACAGUCAUCCCUCAGAGGAACUGCUGAAGCAACCAGACUAUUCAGACAAGAUCAAGCAGAUGCUGGUGCCUCAUGGACUCUUAGGGCCUGGUCCCAUAGCCAAUGGUUUCCCACCGGGAGGCCCUGGGGGCCCAAAGGGCAUGCAGCACUUCCCCCCUGGACCUGGCGGACCUAUGCCAGGUCCCCAUGGAGGCCCUGGGGGCCCUGGUGGGCCAGUGGGUCCACGUCUCCUGGGUCCCCCACCCCCUCCCCGAGGGGGUGAUCCCUUCUGGGAUGGCCCAGGUGACCCCAUGCGGGGUGGCCCGAUGCGUGGGGGACCAGGUCCGGGGCCAUACCAUAGAGGCCGUGGUGGCCGAGGCGGGAGUGAACCACCUCCUCCUCCUCCUCCAUUCCGAGGGGCCAGAGGAGGUCGCUCUGGAGGAGGACCUCCAAAUGGAAGAGGGGGCCCUGGUGGGGGCAUGGUCGGAGGUGGUGGGCAUCGUCCCCAUGAAGGCCCUGGUGGGGGCAUGAGCAGUGGCAGCGGACAUCGUCCCCAUGAAGGCCCUGGCAGUGGCAUGGGCGGUGGGCAUCGCCCCCACGAAGGCCCUGGCGGCAGCAUGGGUGGUGGCAGUGGCCAUCGUCCUCAUGAAGGCCCUGGUGGAGGAAUGGGUGCUGGUGGUGGACAUCGGCCCCAUGAAGGCCCUGGACAUGGGGGACCCCACGGCCACCGGCCUCAUGAUGGCCCUGGUCACCGAGGCCAUGACCAUCGAGGGCCACCCCCUCAUGAGCACCGUGGCCAUGAUGGCCCUGGCCAUGGCGGAGGAGGCCACCGAGGGCAUGAUGGAGGCCACAGCCAUGGAGGAGACAUGUCAAAUCGCCCUGUUUGUCGACAUUUCAUGAUGAAGGGUAACUGCCGCUAUGAGAACAACUGUGCCUUCUACCACCCGGGUGUCAAUGGGCCCCCCCUGCCCUAGGGACCACCUGCCCACCCCACCCACACCCCUGUGGACUGCAGCCUUGCUCCUUCCACCCUUUUAUGGCUUCUGUGAGGCCCAUUUUCCCCUUUCCCCAGCUGAUGAGGAGCCGGCCCCCUCAGUGCCCACCUGCCUGGGUUCUUGGGGGUUUUCGGAUCACUGGUGCGCAUUGAUGUACAUAUUUUCCUCCAGUCUGGGGAGGAGAGAGACUGGACACAUUCUGUACCCUGGACUGCUGAAGAGGAGACCGAGUUGGCUUCACUUUUUGAGGAGAUUUGCCCUUUAUGCCAAGCGCCUCUCCAGUAUUACCCUUUAUGCCUGAGAACCUAAAGCUGGUUAUCCUGGAGAACACCUCUACUCUCCUCUUGUGGGUCCUCCACAUGCACACAGAACUCUGACACGGGAUCAGCUGCACUUAUGAAAUCAUCCCAGCCAAGUUCAUGCUUCCUCGUGGGGUGGGGAGAUGGUAAAGGGGUAUUGUGUAUCCCACUGCACUGAGAGGACUCAAUCAGGCUGGAUUUGAGUUCUGGAACACAUCAUCCCCACUCCUCCCGACACAGGCUUUACAUUGAGUCCUUUCUCAAGUAAGACGUUGCAAUCUUCCGUGAACACCCAAGUUUGCAUCAUGGGUCUGCUAGGUUCAAUGAUGGCAAAUCCACAUCGGCAUCCGGUGAAAAGUUUUAGCUGGCAUAGGUGAGGCCAUUGGUGGUGGUCCACCCUUGCCUGCAGCUCAUUCUGGAAAUUAAAACUUCAGUGAGACCAGCUUUUCAUCAACUGAAGCCCGGCGUGCUGGGCAUGCCAGUCACACUACACGCACUGCCUCUGGGAGUUAGCGUGCUCCUGGCCCCCACCUGGAACCUUGUGGGUGUGAGGCCUCCAGCUCCCUCCCUUGCCCUGUCAGUCAGCCACCUCUGAAUCCUCACCAGGUGCCUUCCUGGGUGGAUUCGAUGAGAUGACCUGCCCUCUCCCAGCCCUCUCCGUCACCUGUCUCAGCAUCAGUUGUUUUCUAUGAAAACAGUGGAUUGGUUGGGUUUUGUGCAGGGUCUUGGGUUACAGCCACAAUGGAUUUGAGGAUGAGUAUUUUCUUUUUUCUUUUGGUUUUGUAUAUUUUGUACAUUAAUAAUAAACAGUGGAAAGAGAAGUAUUUAA